AUGGAAACGCGUCCGGCAAACCGCGACGAUUUCCGAGUUGCUAUAAUAUGCGCAUUGCUAUGUGAAUACAAUGCAGUCAGCCUUCUAUUCGACAAGUUCUAUGAUUUAGAAAGUGACCUUUACGGGAGGGCUAUCGGCGAUCAAAAUGCAUACACUACCGGACGAAUAGGCCCGGUCGACGCUGUCAUUGUCCGUCUUUCGGGCAUGGGGAAGGUAAUCGCCGCUGGUACCGCAGCGAGUCUUCGGUCGAGCUUUCCAAGACUUGAGCUUGCUCUCCUAACUGGCAUCUGUGGCGGGGUGCCCCAUGGGAGUUCAAAUGAAAUUUUGCUUGGAGACGUGAUACUCGCCAGGACAGUCGUCCAGUACGAUUUCGGACGUGAGUAUCACGAUGGAUUUGUGGCAAAAACUACUGUGGACGAGGGCCUUGGUAGGCCGACCAAGGCUAUCAGCAACUACCUCUCUGCAAUACAGUCGCGUCCUCUUAUUAAAAAUAUCAAGGAACGCACAGUAGCUCAUCUCCGAGAGCUACAAGAAACCGCUGUUGCCGAGUCAUGGUCGGCCACAUACCAAUACCCUGGCAUUGAGAAAGACAAAUUAUUUGAGCCAACCCAUCUACACAAACACCAGUCUGGUUGCGAGGACUGCAAGAACCCAGAUAAGUCUUGCCACAAGGCACGCCGCCAGAGUUGUAAAGAUCUUGAAUGUGAUCUUCAUUGUCAACUAGUGAAACGGCCUCGCCUCGACACCCAUUGCAAAAAGCAUGGCUCAGCGCCUAUGGACCCUAGUGUAUUCUUUGGUUGUAUUGGCUCGGGUGAUAAAGUGAUGAGAUCUGGUCAUCUCCGAGACAUUAUAGCCGAGAAACACGAACUCCUCGCGUUUGAGAUGGAAGGAGCCGGAGUGUGGGACGAAAUCCCCUGUAUCAUAGUCAAGAGUGUUUGCGACUAUGCAGACAGCCAUAAGAACAACGAGUGGCAGGACUACGCGGCUGCAACGGCGGCGGCUGCUACCAGAGCCCUGCUCGAGCGUUACCCGAGAACGGACAUGACAAGAUUUAACGCCUGCCGAGACGCAUUGUCCCUCAGAGACCUAGCCGUUGAUCUGGAAACCCUCAAAAGCACAAAAGGCAAAAGGACUAAAGGCACCUGCGAAUGGAUAAAAGACCAUGAAAAAUACCAAUCUUGGGUUGGCGGCGACUCACCAUUUCUUUGGAUUUCCGGCGGCCCUGUGAUGGGCAAAACAAUGCUCUCAAUAUUUCUAACUAAGGAGCUUAAGAAGCAUACUCAAAAAACAAAGGACAUGGAGCUUUUGUUCUACUUUUGCGAUCAUCAAGACGAAAACCGCAAUAGUGCCGUGGCUGUUCUUAGGUCCCUAGUGCACCAAUUGGUCACAAAGCGCCCACGUUUGAUGAAGAAUAUCUCUGAAUACUUUGAAGGCGAACAGAAAACACAGACGACAGUAUCCUGUGCUGAAACUCUCUGGAUGUCUAGCAAAAGAUUCAGACUAGCAAUUAUUAGCCGAAAGGUGGAUGGGCUAGGGGCCUGUUGCCAGGUGAGACUAGAUCUUGACAACAGUGAACAUGUGAGCAACGACAUUACAAAGUUCAUAUCCACCAGAGUCGAGGAACUCAACAAAGUGGACGACUUCGCUAGCAUUCGCGAGCAAGUGCAAACUACUCUUCUGAAUGGAGCCAACGGCACCUUUCUCUGGGUGAGCUCCGUCAUAACAGAGCUGUUGAAGGCAAAUACUCGCAUCGACAUCUUGCAGACCUUGGAGAAAACUCCACCUGGAUUGGACGCAGCUUAUAGCGGGACGUUGAAAAAAAUUAAAGUUAGCCAACGGUCCAUGGUCUCCAAAAUCUUGCGUUGGGUUGUCAUGGCUGUCCGCCCUCUGACGUUGAAAGAAUUAGCGGCGGCUGCUCAAGUCGAGUGCAUCGCGAGUAUGAGCAUUGACGACGUCGUGCGUUAUGACAUAACUUUGUGUGAGCCGAUGCUCAAGGUGCUCAAGGUGGACGAAGAGAAGGAGGUCGUCGACCUUGUCCACCAAUCUGCAAGGGACUAUUUAUUAAGACCGAUGUCUGGCAAUGACAAACCUUUUGAAUUUCACAUCAACAUAGGUGAAGCACACUCUGAACUAUUAGGAAGGUGUCUCGAUUACAUUGAGAGGAGCGACUUGCGUCACGGGCCCCUGGAUACGUUUAACUCAUCGGUUUUGCAGAAGUCACCGCUUUUGGAUUACGCAACCCUAUUCUGGCCAGAACAUGCAAAGCUCUCUUCUACAUAUGCGGAUGAGCACUUGAGACUUUCACGACCUUUAUUUCAAAAACGGUCGGCCUUGCGGGAAAACUGGUGUGAGGCGUAUCUUGCGAAAAAGGGUUGUUUUAAUGCUAGUACUCCGUUGCCGCCUGCCCCCCCUCUUUUGCACUUAAUUUGCCACUUCGGGAUCGAACUGCUAGCUCGAAAGAUAUUGUCGAGGUAUAAGAUUGUUGCAUUCGUAAGGGCAAACAUGCUGGAUCAAGUGGGUUUCGGCCCGCUCAUCUACGCCGCCUGUGAAGGGCACGAGACGUUGGUGCGGCUAUUACUCGAGAAGGGGGCAUAUGUCCAUGCCAGGGACGAUAAUGAAGACAUGAUGCCGCUAUCAGUUGCCGCCCGGCACGGUCACAAGGCAAUUGUAGAACUACUUCUUGAGAAAAACGCAGAUAUAAAUGCGGGGGAGAAGGAUGGUAGCACAGCGCUGAUGCUGGCUGCAAUCCACGGGCACGACACAGUAAUGGAGCUGCUGCUCGAGAAUAAAGCCGAUAUGAAUGCGAAGGAUAUACAUGGGAGGACAGCAUUGUUACAUGCAGUCAUUGCUGAGGAGGAGAACAUGGUGGCGCUGCUGCUCGCGCAUAACGCCGACCCAGAUAUGAGGGAUAAGAAUGGCAAGACAGCACUAUUAAUUGCUGCCGAGUCAGGUGAGGAGGCUGUUGUCAAACUGCUUCUUGAUUACAACGCCGACGUGAGUGCCAAGGAUGAGUAUGGCAACACAGCACUAUUGGUUGCUACUUUCGCUGCGAACUACAAGCUGGUGCAGCUAUUGCUCGCCCAUGGCGCCGACGCGAACGUCAAGGAUAGGAACGGUAACACGGCGCUACUAAUAGCCGCCGAUAACGGUGACGUGGCGAGUAUAAAGCUGCUUCUUGGGCAUAACGCUUGCGUUCAUGCGACGGAUGGACAUUACAGCACAGCGCUAAUAAGGGCUGCUCGAGCUGGACACGACACGACUGUGGAGUUGCUCCUCGAGAAUGGCGCUUGUAUCAACGCGAUGGAUGACUACGGCAGUACAGCGCUAAUACAGGCUGCCUUGAAAGUUCACGAUACGACUGUGAAGUUGCUGCUCGUGAAAGGCGCCGAUGCAACUGCAAAGGAUUGGAUGGGGGGUUCGGCAUUAGAACUAGCCGCUAAGCGUGGGCAUGAGGACAUCGUGAAGUUGCUGAGAGAGAGGUUAUCGAAAUCUACCAUCGUAACUUAA